GCUUCCGCUUUCACCUUCUCCCUCCUCCCGCUUGCCCUCCGAUCGCAAUCGCCACCACAGCGGCCGCUGCCGGGCGCGGUGUCGGUGUGUCGGUUGGCUUGUCUCUCAACGUUGGUGUCUGUGCCGUUGAAUUGCCCGCCAUGGCUGAGCUAGAUCCGUUUGGCGCCCCUGCGGGCGCCCCCGGCGGCCCCGCGCUGGGGAACGGGGUGGCCGGCUCUGGAGAGGAAGACCCGGCCGCGGCCUUCUUGGCGCAGCAGGAGAGCGAGAUUGCGGGCAUAGAGAACGACGAGGCCUUCGCCAUCCUGGACGGCGGUGCCCCCGGGCCUCAGCCGCACGGCGAGCCGCCGGGGGGUCCGGAUGCUGUUGAUGGAGUGAUGAAUGGCGAAUACUACCAGGAGAGUAAUGGUCCCACAGACAGUUAUGCAGCUAUUUCACAAGUGGAUCGAUUGCAAUCAGAGCCUGAAAGUAUCCGUAAAUGGAGAGAAGAGCAAAUGGAACGCUUAGAAGCCCUUGAUGCCAAUUCUCGGAAGCAAGAAGCAGAGUGGAAAGAAAAAGAUAAGGAGCUAGAAGAGUGGUAUGCAAGACAGGACGAGCAGCUACAGAAAACAAAAGCAAACAACAGGGUGGCAGAUGAAGCUUUCUACAAACAACCCUUCGCUGACGUGAUUGGUUAUGUCACAAACAUAAACCAUCCUUGCUACAGCCUAGAACAGGCAGCAGAAGAAGCCUUUGUAAAUGACAUUGAUGAGUCGUCCCCAGGCACUGAGUGGGAGCGGGUGGCCCGGCUGUGUGACUUUAAUCCCAAGUCCAGCAAGCAGGCCAAAGAUGUCUCCCGCAUGCGCUCAGUCCUCAUCUCCCUCAAGCAGGCCCCCCUGGUGCACUGAAGAGCCACCUGUGGAAACACUACAUCUGCAAUAUCUUAAUCCUACUCAGUGAAGCUGUUCACAGUAAUUGGAUUAAUUAUGUUGAGUUCUUUUGGACCAAACCUUUUGUCUUUAGAGUUGAUCAUUGUUUGUGAUUGCAUGUUUCCUUCAACUGUGUUCUCCCUGGCAUUCAGAGAGGAGGAGGGAGGAGGAAGAGGAAGGGAGGAACACUCCCAACAGUAGCCUCAACCUGUGCUUUUGUGCAUUAUUCUGAGAAUAAAUUUCUGUUUCAAACAAUA